AUGCUUAUCGACGGUCAAAAGUGGGCGUGUGAAGCUUGUAUACGGGGCCACCGUGUAACCAGCUGCAAACAUCAUGAUCGUCCAUUGAUUCGCAUCAAGCGCAAAGGCCGGCCUUUCGCAACAUGUACAAUGUGCAAUGCGACGCCCUGCACAUCUCCAAUCGAGCACGCGCGCGCAAAACGUGACGCAGAGCUCAAAUGUCCUUCAAAAGUAACGCAAACACAAAACACAGCCAACCGGAAGCCAUAUCUUCGGCAUAAAGCCUCGAGCCACGGAAGACUCCAUCCGCGGCAUAAUCCGAACGGUUUCCUUCCCAUUGCCCCUCGUCCGGGCCCGUCGGGGUCGAUUUCGGGGUCGGUGGGCGGGAAGUCUCUCUCACCAGCUGUGACAAAGUCGAAGUCUAGGUCCGGGUCAAAGUCGGGCUGCUCGAACUCAUCGGCUUCGUCGCCGGCGAAUACCCCUAUAUACCAUGAUGCGGGCCGAGCAGGAGAUUGGUCGGGCUCAGAAGGCUCGAUAUCUAGGACUGAGCCGUAUAGGCAUACUGUGUCUUUCUCUGGGUCAGCGAUGCCGGUUUUGGACUCGAGUCAGGCACUCAGCGCAGGGCAGGGUGGCUCCCAUUCACAUUCCGCGCCAGGCUCGCUGUAUGAGUAUCCCGUUUCCUCAGAGGCUGAGGCUACAGCUGCUGCCUUGUUCGAUCCUGCAUAUUCUCUCCAGCCUUCUACGCUGGCUGUUUCGGGUUCUCAGGUCGCGCAGACGAUGCCCAUGGUUAGUCCGCUCGAAGGAGUGAACCCCUUUGACUUCUCGCUGGACCCUAGGCUGGAAUUGGGCGAUAGCACAUUGGGAUAUUUGAAUGAGGUCGACAUGAAUAUGGAUUUAGAGAUGCCGGCUAUGGAGGAAGUGUUCCAUGUGGAGGAUUGGUCUAGGUAUAUGUGGUCGGCUGAGACAGGGUUUGAGCAUUUAGAUACCGGAUUUCCACCUGUGUCGCAAUAA